CAUAAUCCCACACAUUUAUAGAUGGUGAUGAUAUCAAAAAUUUCAAAGAAACAAACGGAUCCAACGGUUCUUAUUUCAAUUGAAAUGGAUUCAGGUACCUCUUUCACUUUCCCGCCACUUCAUUCCCAUUGAGCACUUGUUUUUACAAGCAAAGUCACAGCCUUGAAUAUUAAUCCAACUACUCCUGUUUAUUUUUUCAACGAUUGCUUCACUGAUCAUAGCAAAGAAAGAAGACCCAGAACGCGUUUUUGGUUUUUUUAGUGAAAAUUAGAUCUCUCUGAAUCAGUAAUUUCGGACUCGAAGUAAUUAUUCGAAUAUGCACGAAAGGUGUAUGAGGAAAUGAUUGUUAGAGGUGCAUUUUCCUGAAUGGGGUCUAUUUGAUUCAGUGUUUGAACACCACGAAUAACAAGUUGUUUUGCUGCAUAAAUGAUUCUGAUUUUUUGAAACUGUAUGAGGAUAUGAUUCACCUGGAUUUUAGAACAUGGAGCACCAUAAUCAGGAACUAUUGUGUAGAAUCCAGGCACAAUGAAGCUUUGUCUAUUUUCCUUCAAAAUGUACGAUGUUCGUCAGGCUACAAACCUGAUCACCAAGUCUUUGCAGCCAUUCUUAAAUCCUGCACUGCCCUCUUGGCUAUCAAAUUGGGGAAGGUUCUUCAUGGUCAUGUUGUGAAGCAGGGUCAUCUUUCCUGCCACUCUGUGUCUAAAGCAUUGCUUAACUUGUACGCCAAAAGUGGUGAGCUUGAUGAUUGUCAGAGACUUUUUGGUCAGAUGGGUAGCUCUGAUCCUGUCAAUUGGAACAUUGUACUGUCUGGAUUUUCCGGUUCCCGAAUAUGUGAUGCUGAGGUGAUGAAAUUGUUUUUUGCAAUGCACUCAAGUGGCGAGGCUAAACCUAACCCUAUCACCAUCGCAAUCACUCUACCUGUGUGUGCUCGCUUACUGAAUUUAUAUGCAGGGAAGAGUGUGCACUCUUAUGUGAUUAAAUCUGGAUGGGAAACAGAUACCCUUGUUGGGAAUUCGUUGGUAUCAUUGUAUGCCAAAUGCGGGCUAGUAUGCAAGGAUGCAUAUGCUGUGUUUACUAGCAUCAAUCACAAAGAUGUUGUUUCGUGGAAUGCAAUUAUUGCAGGGUUUGUCGAGAAUAAGAUCAUGGUUGAUGCGCUCGAAUUGUUCAGAUGGAUGUUGAAAGGACCAAUAGAACCGAAUUAUGCAACAAUUGCAAAUAUUCUGCCUGUUUGUGCUUUUUUAGAUAAGGAUGUUCCCUACUGCUUUGGUAGAGAGAUACAUUGUUAUGUACAGCGGCGGACUGAAUUGCUAGCAGAUGUUUCUGUCUGCAAUGCUUUAGUGAGCUUCUACUUAAGAGUUGGAUGGAUGGAAGAAGCGGAGUCAUUGUUCCGGAAUAUGAUAUCAAGAGAUUUGGUUUCAUGGAAUGCCAUAAUCGCAGGAUAUGCAUCACAUGGUGAGUGGUUGAAAGCUUUGGACCUGUUUCGUGAAUUACUCUCUUUAGAGGUGACUGGGCCAGAUUCUGUAACUGUUGUUAGCAUUCUUCCUGCUUGUGCACACUUACAAAAUCUACAUGUGGGGAAAGAGAUUCAUGGUUAUAUUCUUCGACAUCCUUACCUAUGUGAGGAUACAACAGUGGGCAAUGCCCUAGUUAGUUUCUAUGCAAAAUGCAACCACGUAAAAGCAGCAUUUCAGACAUUUUUGAUGAAUUCUGAGAGAGACUUGAUAUCAUGGAAUUCUAUGCUAGAUGCCACUGUAGGGAGUGAGUAUGAUACUCAAUUUCUGGGCCUAUUAAACUGGAUGCUCAAUGAAGGAAUUAAACCUGAUUCCAUUACUAUCUUGACCAUAAUUCAUUUUUGUACUUCUGUAUUUAGAGUAGACAAGGUUAAGGAAACACAUUGCUAUUCAAUUAAGGCUAGUUUAUUACAAGGUGAUGUUGAACCUACCGUUGGAAAUGCAUUGCUUGAUGCAUAUGCCAAGUGUGGUAACAUAGAAUAUGCAUUCAAGAUUUUCCAAAGUUUGUCAGAGAAAAGGAAUUUGAUCACAUGCAACUCUAUGAUCUCAGGAUAUGUCAUUUGUGGAUUACAUGAUGAUGCAUGUAAGAUUUUUAAUGGGAUGUCUGAUGCAGAUCUCACCACCUGGAAUCUAAUGGUUCGAGCUUAUGCAGAAAAUGAUUCUCCUGUUCAAGCUCUCAAUGUGCUUCAGGAGUUACAAGCUCGAGGAAUGAAGCCUGAUGCAGUGACAAUCAUGAGCUUCCUUCCGGUAUGUGCUCAAAUGUCCUCAGGUCACUUUCUGAAGCAGUGUCACGGAUAUGCAGUUAGAGCUUGUUUUGUGGAUGUCCACUUGAAGGGAACUUUAUUAGAUGCAUAUGCAAAAUGUGGUGCUAUAAAGUAUGCUUAUAAGCUUUUUCAGUCAAGCUCCCAUAAGGAUCUGGUUAUGUUUACAGCUAUGGUUAGUGGGUAUGCCAUGCAUGGUAUGGGAGAGGAAGCACUUAUGGUUUUCUCUAAUAUGCUUGAGUUAUGUGUAAAGCCUGAUCAUGUUAUCAUCACUGCUGUUUUAUCUGCUUGUAGUCAUUCUGGCCUUGUAAAUGAAGGGUUAAAGAUAUUCAAUUCAAUAGAGAAUAUCCAUGGGUUAAAGCCAACAAUGGAACAGUAUGCCUGUGUGGUGGAUCUCCUCGCUCGAGGUGGAAAGGUAGAAGAUGCAUAUUCUUUUGUGGCUAGGAUGCCCAUUGAAGCUAAUGCAACUGUGUGGGGGACACUGCUAGGUGCCUGUAGGACUCAUCAUGAGGUGGAACUGGGCCGUCUUGUGGCAGAUCGUCUUUUUGAAAUUGAGGCUGACAAUAUUGGGAACUAUGUGGUGAUGUCAAACCUGUAUGCAGCAGAUGCUAGAUGGGAUGGGGUCAUAGAAGUAAGAAAGCUUAUGAGGACUCGAGAUCUGAAAAAGCCAGCAGGAUGCAGCUGGAUUGAAGUGGAGAGGCAGGAAAAUGUUUUUAUUGCUGGGGACUCUUCUCACCCGCAAAGAAGCCUCAUAUACACUACAUUGAGCACAUUAGAUCAACAGAUCAAGGAGCGGAUUCAUUUUUGAGUCACUUAUGGGUUCAGUUAUGGCAUUUAUGGUGUCAUAACUCAUAAGGCCGGCGGAAUUACUUUGCAAAUGAGCUCAGACAUGAUUCCCUGCAGCUUUUUGAGGCAGAAUUCCUGUGUGGCUUUUGGGUGCAGAUGCAUCACUUUACUUGAGUGACUCCACUCCAUUGACAAUACUGAUUGACUCUUCUACUACAGUCAUACUCGGUUUAGUUAUGUCCAACUUUUUCCACAAAUGUGAGUUUCAAAUUUCAGGUAAGCUUUUGAAGACCUUGUGUGACUGCCUGCUUCAGCUUAAUCGCUGGGAUCACUCUGCAUCCCUAUGGAUGAGAAGGAUAAUGUCAAAUCAUUUCGUUGAAAGUUCUCAGGGUUAUCCCUUCAGUUGCACACCUUGGCAGGUCAGAGGCAUUGGGAUGAAGUUUUUCACGACCCUCAGCUACUAAGAGUUUCAUAUCUUAUUUCAUCUUCAAAUUUUCAUUCUCUCCCUUAUGCGGAAUACCAAAUCGGGUUCUUGGCAUUCCAUUUGUGGGAAGUUGGGAAAGAUGAAUGAACUACAAAGUUAAGGCAUAAUCAAACAAUUUCUUUUGUUAUGAUGUAUGCUCACCAAACAUGGUUUCACACAUACAUGAAGUGCAUUAUCCUCAGUCCUCCCACUUUCUAAACUCCACUUUCCUGUCCUUUUACACUUGUCCAUGUGCUCUUUCUGGGUAAGACGUUUUAGCAAAUAUGAAAUACACCCUUCUUCUAGGAUAUACCAAAAUUUGUUAAAUACUAACCUUUUUGUUAUAUAAUUGACUUCAUGCUGCUCCCACAUUUUCUUUUAAAUGCAGUCCAAAUACAUAUUUUUUCAGU